AUGUCGUCGUCGAUUGCGAUCCCGAUGACCCCGUCGUCGGCCACCUACGGUCACCACCACCACCAGUCCUCCCAAGGCCGGGGUGCAACCAGCUCUUCCUCUUCAACCUACUCCAGCUCCCCGCGGACGUCUUCCCCGCCUUCCGCUUGCAAGCAGAAGUCGGUCCACCAGCGUCGGCCCAGCCUGCUCAGCACGGCGUUGUCGAAGCAAGAAAGCACCGUCAUCAAUAUUGGCGAGCCCAACGGCACUCCCCGCCUGAUCUCCUACCUCUCCUCCAGCCAAGGCUUCGCAUGGAACCCAGAAAUCUUCCUGCCUUCUUACGUCGACUGCGACUACGUCCCUCUCGAAAACCGACGGGAGCCGGUACACGAGAUUGUUCUGAGCGACGAGGAGAUCAACAACAUGUUCCCCCAAUAA